AUGGAUUCUGAUAUUAAAUUAGGCUUUUUAAAUGAUGCAGACGAAGAUUGUUAUAGUGUAGAACCGAAAGAAUUAAAUCUUAAACCAAAUCAAUCAACCAGUGUACGUAUAUGUGCUUGGCCAAAAUUCAAUAAACGUUAUGAUGAUGCGUUAGUUUGUUCAGUGAAAGAUAAUCCAGAACCGAUUUUAUUUAAAUUAGCAUGUGAUGGUGUUUUACCAGAAUUGGAAUUAGAUAAAAAAGUAUUUAAUUUUGAAAAAGUAUUAUUACAAAGAAAAGAAGUCCGUUCGAUUACAUUCAAAAAUCGUACUCUAUUACCAGCACAAUGGAAAUUGUCUGGAAUUGAAGCGCUGGGCGAAGAAUUCUCUAUAUCUCAAGAUGCUGGUAUUGUUGAACCACAGUCAGAAUUUACUGUUUAUGCUUAUUUUCGUGCAAUGAAAUCGAUGAAACCGAAUCAAAAGCGAAGUUUACGUUUGGAAGUUUAUGAUUUAGAAAAUAUUGCUGGUUUAAUACAAGUGGAAACGAUACAAGUAUUAGCUGAAGCCUAUGAUGUUGCUCUGGAUAUUACAUUUCCUAAAGGAAGUGAUGGUGGCAUUGAAUUUGGUCUGAUUAAAGUUGGUGAAGAGAUUAAACAUACUAUUACAUUGAAGAAUAAAGGUCCUUAUGAAAUCGUGACCAAUUUUCUAUUUAUAAAGAAUGAAAAAUUAAAAACCGAUUUCAGUAGUAUCUUCACAAUGUCACCACAACGUGUCAAUUUAUUGCCAACAGAUAAACUAACUCAAGUGAAUCUGACUUGUUGUGCACCGACAGAGUUAAUUUUAAAAGAAGCAGAAAUACUUAAAUGUCAAAUUAUUGAACCGAAUAUCAAAGGUACACCACAAUUGAUUGCAUCCAUACCAAUUAAAUUAUCAGUGAGAGCAGAAUUUAGCAAAUUUACAAUAUCUCCAAUACAAGAUAUUAAUUUUGGCUCACUCAUAUUACAUCAUCAUAAAUCAAGACAAUUGAUCAUUGAGAAUAAUGGCGAUUAUGAAUUUCGUUAUUCAAUUGUACCGAUUAGUAAAAUGUUAGAGCUUAUUGCAACACGUGAAGCUUUAUUGAAUAAAGAAACAACGGGUACGGUGAAACAUAAAAUGUCAGAUCCAACGAUGUUAAGUACAUCACAAUCUCGUCUACAACAGGGUUUCUUUACGCUGAGUCCAGCUAGUGGACUUAUUCCUCCUGGUAAUGCACAAAUUAUUACAGUUGAUUGUUUGGCUAAUACAUUGGGUCAAUGUGUAGAAGAAUUGGCGAUUGAAAUAUCUGAUCGUGAUAUGAAAUUAUAUCCACAUGGAAUAUCAUAUUAUCUUAAGGCUGAAGGUGAUCUACCAUUGAUUGAAACCAAUGAUGUUUCAGUGAUAUUUGAAGAACAUCAUGUUUGUAAAAAUUUGAACGUUCUCGAUUUACCUGAUCUAUCGAAUAUGAUCUCAUCUGGUAGUAUUUAUGGCAUUGAAGAGAAUCGUUUUGUUUAUAGAAAUGUUCUGGUUGGUUCACGUGUUGUAGCACGUUUUCGUAUAGCUAAUCGAAGUAAUGUUCCGGUGGAUGUGUCAUAUGAAAUUUGUGCCAUUGGAAAAACACCUAGUUCCUCUAAUCCAUCAUCAAGUGGUCGUUCCAGUAGUCGAAAUAGUCAACAAUCUACAACGUACGAUGCAUUUGAAGUGAUACCAGAGAAAGCACAAAUUGAACCACAUGCAUCGAGUUAUGCAAAUGUUACAUUUGCACCGACAUCUAUGCAAUUGCCAAAUAACACAACCAAAAACAAUCGAUUACCAUAUUCACAAUAA